AUGGUAAAAUUACCAUCUAUCAAAGUUUCCUUUAAAAACGAAUUUCACAUAAUUGCCCCAGUCCCAUCAUUAUUUUGUAAACUUUGCCUCACUAUUAAAGAAACAAUUCCAGACGUUCCUCUAAACCCCAACAUCUAUUAUUUAGAUGCAGAAGGUGAUAGAAUAAAACUUUUAAAUGACAAAGGAUAUGGAUUUUAUUUAAGAACCUUCCAAAGCCAGCUGACUAAAAAACUGUACAUAGAAGAUAGCCAAAAUCCACCAGAAAAUAAUAAAAUUCCCUCUGUUUCAUUGCCAAUAAAAAGGCCUUCAGAUGCAGAAGAAAAUGAUGAUUCUCCCACAAAAUUUCAAAAAAUUGAUAAUUCUGAGUUUAAUACUUUUGAUGAUACGGACCAAAUUUAUAUUCCUAAAUCAAGGGGGCCGAAUAAGUCUAGAAAAGUUCCAAGUGAAAUCCAAAGAAUCGUUCUCGAUACUUUUGAUAUACCUUCAAAAAAAAUGGAUAAUGAAAAUAAGCAACUUCUUCCUAUAAUUGAAGCUGAAAUAAAUCAAUUUAUUCUUGAUGCUGAGGGAAAUUCAAAAAUCCCUAAUUUAGUACAAUAUAUAACGUCUACUGACUCCCCCCUUUUAAAUUGGAAACAAAAUAUAGGUAAAAUUUCCAUUUUUUUGGGAAGUUAACCCCCUUUAAAUUGGAACAAAAUUCAAUUUUAUAAUAAAAAAAUUUAUAAAAAAAAUAUAAUCUAUAUGCAAAUACCUUAAUACCCAAUUUAAUAUGCAGAAUCAAAAAUUAAACACUAUUUUUUUCAAUUUUAAAGGAGGAGAGUUAGAAGAAUACCAUUUUCGCGAAAAUGAAAUUCGCUAAAUCACCCAUUAGGUAGGAACAUUAAAUUAAAAUGCUAUUAAGUAUAAAUGUAUACAAUUUAUUUUCUCUUUAAAUUUUAUAUAAUUUUUUUCUAUAUAAAUUUUAUAUUGAUUUUUUCUUAUAAAAUAAUUUCUUAACACCCUUUAAAUUGGAGCAAAAUUUUUUGUUCCAAUUUAAAGGGGGGAAGUGAGUUUCUUUCAGCUGUGAGAAAUACUAUUCGUGAUACUGUCGAAAAACAUGGAUUUGUUAAUACUGCACUAUUGUAUAAGAUUCCUUUAGAGCUGUGUGUACAUAUUUUAUAUGAUUCUAAGGUACACAUUGAAAGUGAUAAAGAACGAGAAAAAUAUAAAAAAUAUAUUGAUUCUUGUUUACCUAACUCUCUUUCUGUUAUAGUGAAUUGCAUUUACAGGCAUUUUUUGAUAUCUUGUAAUAAGUAGGUUGCUAAUUAAAUUUAAAUAAAAAUUUUAGAAGGAGGGUAAAGAAAUUUCCCAAUUCACCCCAAAAUUCUGCCUUUUGUUAACUCAACAAUUAAAUAAUGGUGACAUCAACAAACAAAACAUUAUGGCAACUUACGAUGUUGAUGAAGACACAAUUGAAAUAUGGAGGAAAGUCUUCUUGAAUCCACAAAAGUCUCAUCCUGCUAAUGAUCCUUACCCAAGAACAUUCCGAAUUCAAUUAGUGCGGGACUAUUUAGAAGGAAAUUUUGACAAAGAAACCAUAAAAAACUACUUUGGCGUCGACCAAGAAACAAUUGAAAACUGGAUUUAUUUAGAACUUGAAGAAAAAGAAGAAAUUGUAAUGGAAAUUCACAGAAAACGACUAAGCCGAGCAGAAAAAGAAGAAAUUGUUGAUAAAUACCUCGAGAAAAAGCUGACCUAUAAAGAAAUCAAAGCUAAAUAUGGUGUCUGCCAAAGAGAAGUCGACAAAUGAGUCAUAAGCAAGCAAAGUGGGCAAGGCCUUCGAGAUUCUUAUCAUGGCAGCAAAGCCUCAGCUAUCAUGGACCAAGCAUAUAGAUUUUUAGAAUUCGGCUCAUAA